AUGCAGUGUUCGCCUGGUGUCCCACCUGUUGUCCCACCUGUUGACCCGCCUGGUGUCCCCCAUGUAGGCCAGCCUGGUGUCUCACCUGUUGGUCCACCUGAUGCCCCACAUGUAGGCCCGCCUGGUUUCCCGCCUGGCGUCUCACCUGUUGGCCCGCCUGGUGCCCCCCAUGUAGGCCCGCCUGGCGUCUCACCAGUUGGCCCGCCUGGUGCCCCCCAUGUAGGCCCGCCUGGUGUCUCAUCUGUUGGUCCAACUGGUGUCUCACCUGAUGCCCCGCCUGAUGCCCCACAUGUAGGCCCGCCUGUUAUCCCACCUUUUGGCCCACCUGGUGUCUCACCUGAUGCCCCGCCUGAUGCCCCACAUGUAGGCCCGCCUGAUGUCUCACCUGUUGGUCCACCUGAUGCCCCACAUGUAGGUCCGCCUGGUGUCCGGCCUAAUGACUUCAUAGAAAGGACCUAG